ACAAAAAGAUUUACAUUUACUAGAAAGCAAACUCUAAAUUAUUCAAUCUGCUCAUUAUUAAUUUAUGUUAAUAAUUUACAUCAUAUAUAAUAACAGCGCGUGCGUUACUAAAUAUUAAUAAUUAAUUUGUAUAUGUUAAUAACGUGAUAUUAUAAUUAUAAAACUGAUACGAAAGAAAAAUAAUUUUUAAAGGAUAAAUUUAUCUAAUUUUUCAGCGUGAAGUACUGUCGGUCCACAUUGGCCAAGGCGGCGUCCAAAUGGGCAAUGCUUGCUGGGAAUUGUAUUGUCUGGAACAUGGCAUACAACCUGAUGGCAUGCUUCCGCCUCAGAGUUGUUCUAGCGACGAGGGUUUUCAAACUUUCUUCAGCGAGACCGGCGGUGGAAAAUAUGUUCCACGAGCUGUAUUUCUGGACCUUGAGCCCACAGUCAUUGACGAAGUUCGGACAGGAACCUACCAUCAGCUAUUUCACCCCGAGCAGCUAAUUUCCGGUAAAGAGGACGCGGCGAACAAUUACGCUCGAGGACACUAUACUCUGGGAAAGGAAAUUAUCGACCUGGUUCUGGACAGAAUUCGCAAGAUCGCCGAUAUGUGCACCGGUCUCCAAGGAUUCCUAAUUUUCCACGCAUUCGGUGGUGGUACCGGUUCAGGAUUCACCAGCCUUCUAAUGGAGCGCCUCUCCAUGGACUAUGGCAAGAAAGCUAAACUCGAGUUCGCCAUUUACCCCUCUCCACAAAUUUCCACCGCGGUGGUAGAACCUUACAACGCCAUCUUAACUACGCACACGACGCUAGAACACUCGGACUGUGCGUUUCUUGUCGAUAACGAGGCGAUCUACGAUAUCUGCAGGCGAAACUUAGAUAUAGAAAGACCAACCUAUACGAAUUUGAAUAGAUUAAUUGGACAAAUAGUAUCUUCUAUCACGGCUUCUUUGAGGUUCGAUGGAGCGCUGAACGUGGAUCUAAUGGAGUUCCAAACGAAUUUGGUCCCGUAUCCCAGGAUUCAUUUUCCUUUAGCUACAUAUGCGCCGAUUGUUUCGAUUGAAAAAGCUUAUCACGAGCAAUUGACGGUGAUGGAGUUAACGUCGUCCUGUUUCGAACCUGCAAUGCAAAUGGUCAAAUGCAAUCCACAGAGAGGAAAAUAUAUGGCGUGCUGCUUAUUAUAUAGAGGUGAUGUGGUCCCGAAAGAUGUAAACGCGUCUAUUGCGACUAUUAAGACGAAGAGGGCGAUACAGUUCGUCGAUUGGUGCCCCACUGGUUUUAAGGUAGGGAUUAAUUACCAACCACCAACAGUAGUUCCUGGAGGAGAUCUCGCCAAAGUACAACGAGCUAUGGCAUUGCUUGCAAACACUACUGCAAUCGCCGAGGCAUGGACCAGACUAAAUAGAAAAUUUGAUCUCAUGUUCGGCAAACGUGCAUUUGUUCAUUGGUACGUGGCAGAGAGUAUGGACGAAAGUGAAUUUAACGAAGCCAGAGAAGAUCUGGCCGCUUUAGAAAAAGAUUACGAAGAAGUUGGCAUGGACUCGACGGACGCUGGCGAAGGUGAAGAUGAAAACUAAAUGGACCACAUGUUCCUGUCAGAAAACCAUCUUUUUACGCAGGAAUAUUUUAGGAGAACGACCAAUUCCCGCAUCUAUUUUGUAUAAGCUGUACACUGUUUUCGCCGAUUUUGUUUGUACUUGUCAUUGUUUUAAUAGAUAGCAUUAUUUUUAAUGUACAUAUACACAUUUGUAAACUUUUAUAUUGUAAAUAAAGGUUUAUUUUUUUCUAAAUUCUUCCAUCUUCGUUUAAUACUAAACUUUACAAGAUAUAAUUGAAUAAUAUAUGAUAAAAUCUCUUUCAACAUUUUUUUUUUAUCUAUUCCACAUAAAUCAACUACUUUAGACUAUUACGUUUCAUUAAUAAUUUACUAUCGAUAGAAUUAUUCCACUGAUUGGCCUAACUUGACUAAACUGUCUGCCCUUGAAAUAAUUCAGAUAUUCUUAUAAAGAAGAGGAUGGAGGAAGACACAAAAAUUCAUAGAUAUUACAGGCUUUUUAUUGUGUAGGACAGCACGCGGCUACACGAAUUAUAUUACAUAUGUAUAAAUUCGUAAUCGACAGCUUUACAGUUACAGAGAACUUUUAUCGCACAUAGAAUCAUCUUUCAAUCUCGAGGGGAGGGACAAGGGUGACAUCUUUUCUUCUAUUUUUUUCCAUUUUCUUUCUUUCCAAACCACGACGUAACGGACAGUACACUCGGUGUUAAUAACAUGAUAUGAAAACGCGCUUCGAAACGUUUCCAUUGCAGGCAACGCACGCUUCGAAAUUGCUUUUCUUCUUUCUUUUUUCUUUUGUGCGCAUUCUCGCCGAGUGGUACAAGACAAACUCAAUAAUAAUAUAAUCAAUAAUAAUAAACCUAAUAGUAAUAUCGAUAAUAGAAAUAAUAAUAAAAAAAUAAUGAUAAAAUAUAAAAGAAGAUCUAGACGAGUGUCCUCGCGUGACAAUCGAGAAAAGGAAAUCCCAAUUUGCUGGUCGAGUACGUCUAUUAUAUAAAAAGAAGAAAAGAAAAAGAUACGUUUGCGAUGAAAAAAACGGCGAAGGAUGAUGAAUGUAGGGGAACGCGAGAAGAACCACAACGACGAUGAUGAAAAAUAAAAAACAUCGAUCGAUCGGUACACCGACAUACAAUGAUAAUACAUCACGACGACAAUGACCCGGUGGCAUCAACGAGAGCGUCUGUUCAUUCGAUUCUUAGGAUAAUAAUCAAUAUAUAAUAUUUAUCUAUAAUAUCCUUCAUCGACAAAGAAAAAGAUACCAUCGAUCGUUUUUUACAUUUCAUAGGUUCACACGUUCAAUGGCGGAACUUUCUUAUUUUCUUCUUCUAGAUUUUCUGGUAAAACACGAAACAGGAAGAGCAAAUAUUGAACGACGUUUCGCUUGUGACACCUUUCAUCGAAGUCAAACGCGAUCACGACUAUUAUGAUUCUAUCGUAAAUAGAGUAUCCUAAUAAAAAGAUUCUCGUUGCGCGUGUCACGUGACUUGGUAUGCUUUUGCUCGACACGCGCCAUAUAUUAGCAAAUUCUUUCUUUUAAAACUUUGUAUUUUAUAAAAUUUCUGUUCAUUUUCUCUCAUUCACAUACAAAUACACCUACGCGAUCCUUUCAUACUUUUUUAUCUCUCUCUCUCUCUCUCUCUCUCUCUUCUUUUCUUCUUCUUUCUUUUUCUCUCUCCCUCUCAUACUCUGACCGCUUUUCUUUAUCUUUUAGAUAACCAUCUUUUUUCUUUCUCUCCUUAAUUCAAAUACAAUUAUCAUCAUCAUUAUCAUCAUCAUUUAUCUCAUCAUUUCUUUUUUGGAUUGGCAGGCAAGUUAAAGCUGCCGCUCGCUGGACUAGAGAUUUCACUACUCUUUAUUGCGCAUCCGUUGUCCGACGACAAUAUUCUUCUUUCUCUCCUUGUGUCUCUUUCUUUCUCAUUGUCGUUUGGCUCUCGCAUCUCCGGGAACGGCUAGGAACCGCAAUCCCAAUUUACGUGAUGUGACCUCUCUCAUCUCUUCCUAACUCUUUACGAUAUCUCUGUCUUAAGCUUUCUUUUCAUCUUUCAUUCUCUCUCUCUCUCUCUCUCUCUCUCUCUCUCUCUCUCUCCAGCGAAUGUUUCUUUUUAUUAUUCUUUAUUUCAUUUUAAAUAUAUAUGAUCAUGAGCAUUUCUUCGCCAGGCGAACAAUUUGCCCUCAUCGACAAAUACGUUUGUCAGGGGAAGAGCCGCUCGACGCUAAUCAUUACUUUUCGCCGGAUUUUUCGAUAUCACGCUGUGAAUAAUCGUUGAACGAGCAACCACAAUUCCCUUUUAACUGAACGCAUUAAGGACUAAUUCUUGCGAUUUGUGAUACGUUUGUUUUAAACUUGAGCAACAAAAAUUGGAGAUUAAAAUUAGGUAGCUUAAAAAAUAAUUAACUUGGUUCUUUUAAUUUUGUAGAGACUAGACUGGUAAAGUGGCAGUUGUGUUUCUGUAUAUUUCAUAUAAGAAGUAUUUAAGUACCUACAUCUAUAAAACAUAUUACACGAAUGUCCAGUGUCUUGAACGCAACUCAAUAUACAUAAUUGUUUCUUACAAUGAAACACAUAACCAGUGUUUGAUUAUUGCGGAUACAACUCAGGCAUAAAGUAUAAUACUUCAUGUAGUCUUGCCCAAUUCCAAACAUUAAAUAAUAUAAAAUUUU